AUGUAUUAUGUCAAGGAGGGAGAUGUUAUGGACCUGCAAAUAAAGGAUUCCUUUUCGUGGAUUCUUAAAGGAAUCCUUAAGCUGAAGGAUCAAGUGAAGGAUAUGGGACAUUGGAAAGAUAUGUUGCAGAAGAAGAAAUUUAAUAUGAAGGUCUUUUACUGGCAAUUCCUGGAGCAAACUAACAAUGUUGAUUGGAGGGGGAUGCUGAUUGGCAAUUCUGCAAGACCGCAAGCGAAGAUUGUCUUAUGGUUGGCAUGUCAUGGCAGACUUGCAACUAAAGACUGGUUAGUGAAAUUUGGAAUGAUCCAAGAGGCAAAAUGUGAAUUUUGUGAUGCAAAUGAAACCCUGCAACACUUAUUCUUUGAAUGUAGAGGCACGAAGUUUAUUUGGCAGGAUAUUUUACAAUGGCUUCAUAUUGAUCACCAAGUGAAUGGUUGGAUGCAGGAACACAAGUGGGCAAUCAAAAUUUGUAAGAGCAAUAACUGGAGGCGUAAUUUCUUGAAAGUGGCACUAGCUGAAACAAUAUAUGUUGUUUGGAAAUUAAGAAACAAUAGAGUGUAUAGAAAAGAUAGUGUGGAUAGUGAUAUAGUUACUCAAAUUAUAGAUAAUGUUGUGAAUAGAGUUUGGGGUGUCCCUAAAGUUAGAGAAAAAUUAGGUUUUUUACUGUUGUAG